AUGCUCAACGCCGACCCUCAACGCAACACUGCCUUUGAGCGCUUGAAAUCCUCCAUCGCCGAAGCAAUGCAGCCCGGAGACGCAAGAUCAACCCUCCAUUUCGUCCCACCCGACGAGCAAGAAACAAAUCUACCCAUCGAACAGGACGAAGCACCGCUUUACGGGCGGCGGCAAAGCACCGAGUUCAAUGGAGCGACGGGAUCCAAAGCGAGGUCUAGUGCUGCUGGUGCUGUUGUCGGUGCUGGUGUUGGGGCAGAUGUAGGACCUGGGGCGACGACAAGUAAGAAGGAUCAGAGCAUGAUAGCUUCGGCGGGGGAUAUGGUUGGGAGGGCUUUAGGGUUGAAGUAG